AUGGAAGAUUUUGACUAUGAUGCUAAUGAUCUCUAUAGUGUUUGCGAUAAUUACAUUUUUGGUGGCACGUCAUCUCAGGAGAUCAAUUUCAAUCUUGAUAAGCUAGGCAGAUUCUGCAAUAUUUAUUUGCGAAAUGUGAACAGUUUUCUAAUCUACAAAAGCUCACCAAAGUUCGAAUUUGCUCGAAAAAGAUGCUUAACCAAUCUCGAAAACUUAGAUAAAGUUGAAAAACAGCCGUAUUUUUCAAGUGUAUUAAAAAAGUCAAUAGACUUAGUCAAAAAGGCAGAAACAGACCAGAGUGUUUUUGACGAGCUACAAAAAACAAUAAACUCACUCUGUACACUAUUUAUUACCAUUUAUGAACGUGGAAACGCAGCAAUCAAUCUUAAUAUGAACCAACAAAAUAAGACAAAGCUUAUCGUGGAAGCAGAGAAAGAAUCAUCGCAAUAUAUUACUGAAAUUAAAAAUGAAUUCAAUAAAAAUAAUUUCAAUAUUCAGUACCAAGCUCAUCCAAUGUUAAUGGAUUCAAGAUUAUUCAGGAAGUUUGAUAAAUAUCUCAAUUUAAAGCUAAAGAAUCUCCCAAUUUGUCCGUGCGGCAAUCAUGCUACUGUUUUUGGAUACCCUUGCCACCGUCCUGUUGGCUGCGCUGAAUGUUGGACUGAAGAUGAUGCCGCCGAAAAAAUUUGCCCUAUUUGUGGAGAAGAAAUCAGUGAAUUUGUUACCCUUGUUGAAGAAUAA